GUAGUUUUUACCCAUGCCAGGUGCAUGAGAUAAGGACAACCAUGCCGUUCCCCCUGCUCGAGUUGCCCAACGAGCUUCUAUACAAGAUUUUCGGAGAACACUUCGACGAGGACCAAGUCUCACAGCUGUUCUCAAUCUCUCUCACGUGCAAACGCCUGCACGACAUUUGUCUCACACAGUAUCUAGCUCGCUUUGGUAUCAACCAUCCUACGGAGACCUGCAGCUUUACUCUUCGAAACGUCACUGAACUCCGUCCAGAUGCGAUAUCUGGUCUCCGGGUCGCUCUAUUUGUCCAGUCAAUCAGACAUCUGGUAUGCACGUUUGACGACGCGCUUCCGGAAACUGAGGCGUCUUCCCCGGCUACCAUCAUUACAACCGUUCGACGAUUGCACAGUCUUCUCUUGAAGCUCAAAUCCGUCAACAGGAUGACGCUGAAAUUUCGCGGCAGAGAUUGGAACAGUGGUAGCGUCAAUGUUACCGAUGCAUUGUUGGAUUUAUGGUCAUCUGCGAUCGGUGAUCUCCUCAAUCUGGCACUGGAGAAAUCAUGCACAUAUCUGUGCAUGGUGGAUGGGAAAGUAAUGAAUUAUGCCUAUCAAUUUUGUCGUUCAAGUCGAGGCUACCCGUUGAACGUCUUGACCACCAGCAGGCGCACGGCGAUACGAGGGCCAGAUUGGAUGUUUCGGCGCGUCAAGACGGGUUCCUUGACAAUUCUCGUUGACGAAGCUACCACUCCCAAUGAAUUACGCUCCUUGGAUAUCCAAUCGUCGAUGCUCCUACUUCCUCCACUUUCCCAGUGGACUCUAUCCGUCCUGACUACCAUCACUUCUUUGACCAUAUCCCAUAUCAGCCUUGCUGGACACAUGUGGACCGCGCUGCUCCCCACAGUUGCUCAAUACGCGUCGGACAUCGAAGAGUUGCAUGUGGCUGGGUGUCCGGAUAUCACCAUUGAUGAUCUCGUCGAGUUUCUCGCGCUGUUACCCAAGUUAAAGAUACUCAUAUUGUCUGACGAGGAGCAGUACAUACCUGGACCAUCUGCGCCUGUCCCGAAAUUAACAGACCUGGUGCGUGUCGAAGCACCGUGGAGGAUCCUUCUACAUAUUGUGCAAGGGCCUCUGCCAAAUUUGAAGGAGGUGCGGACGUUCCCCAGGCGCACACCAAGAAGAGGGCUGGAUUGGGAGGGAACAGGUGCAGUGUUCAGGGCCAUGAGAGAGUGUUUCAGAGAGCAGGAAAUCAGGCCUGUGGUGAUCAUACGGGUCCGAGUUGAUAAAGGAUGGCUGUCGAGAGCGGCAACCAAGCCGUCGAAUGGUAUACGGAUGACGCUGAGACUUGUGAAGGUGGUGGAAAUGGAGCUGCUGGAGGUGAAAGUUAGUGUUGGAGUCUUGGCGGCCUGGCUCGGGAGUGCCUUUGAUGCUGUCAGAGAAAUACGAGUAUUGGGAAGGGUACAGUCAUGUUGCGGAAACGCUGAGGAUAUUGAGGAAGCGGUGAAGAAAGAGGUUAAGCUGGUUGGGAGGAUAGUCGUGGAAGAACGAGCAGUGUAGUGCAACGACUCCAGACCACUACUAUUGUAUCUAUAACGGGAGUUCUUAUACGACAUUACACCGGGAUAUCCUUUGCUACUGGACAGUAAGUGCAUACGAAUUGCAGGCACUGCACAGAAAGCUUCGUUUUACUAUUACCAGGCAGGACACAGAUAUAAUGGUGCCCCGGAAGAAAGUUAACGAUAUCGAGAUUCACUGGUAUCGGACAUCACAAUUCCUAUGCAGCGCACGCCCAAUCUAACGAAUAUAUUGAGCACUAGUGCUGGGAAG